AUGCCUCCAUUUAAAACUGGUUUAUUAAAAAGAAAAAUUAAUGACGAAUCUAAGGACACAGAACGCAAAAACAGUAGCCAUUCUAUUGACGAGAAUGUAGAUUUAAUCCGCGGUGAUUUGGAUGAUGAACAAGAUUCGGCCGACUCGGAGAAUAUGAUGAUAAUGUCGCUUCUGAUACUGAGCGAGAUGAAGUUCUAUUCAAUGACAGUGAUAACUCAUAUUCAAUCGAUGAUGGGAAUGAAUCUGUUGAAGAAUCAUCUGAGCUUUCUGAUUCUGAGGCUGAGUCGGAUGCUAUCAGUAGUCCAGGUGAAGAAGAAAGUGAAAAUGAUAAAU